UAGAAGCGAGUAAGAACGGUGUAUGCGGAUAAAAAAAUUUAUAAAACUAAAAAAAAUAUUCAAAAGUUGAAACAAAGGCAAUCCCUCAAAAGUUGGGCACUUUUUAUAGAACAAAUUUGUGACGAUUCGAGUACAACUUCAUUCCGAUUGAAUAUUCAGCCAUGCAAUGGGCUCUUCCUGUUCGAGGGAUAAAGAAAUCGCAACUAUUCCAACUGUACAAAAUGUUUCGGCCAACGUAGGUGUGAAGUACACAUACAACGACAGCAACAGCUGUUUAUUGGCUGUGCAAUUUGAACCGGAGAACUCCACAAAGGUCUUGAAGUACAACAGCGCCAAAGAAUACUGGACCGUCUGCCAUGAAAUCCCAGUUAAAGGUCUCUUUCGUACAGUAAUAGUGAAACAAUAUCUCUUAUUCUACGAUUGGAAGGAUGGCGUGAGAAUAUGUUGUUACGAUACAACAACACGCGCUAUACGCACCUUGAAGCCGCUCAAAGCGGAACAGCCUUUUUGGCGUUGUUAUUACGCUGUCGAAUUUCAGGAUCGCCUAUAUAUGAUAGGUGCAGACUCAGAGGAUAAUCGUAAAGUAUAUGUUUGGAACCCCGAAACCGAUAGUUUGACCGCUGCACCUAAGCUGAUUACUGGUCGCACAAGAGCUGCAGCGCUGAAGCAUGAAGGCUACUUGUAUGUGGUUGGUGGUAUGGUCACAAACAAUGGCACCGAUAGUGACACGAAUGCGGUCGAGCGAUAUAAUCCACGGCGGGAUCGUUGGGAGCAGUGUGCACCGCUGUUACAGGCGCGGGGUGCGAUAGCGUUAGCCUCCGCGGGCCAAUAUAUUUACGCUCUUGGUGGUGACUGCAGUGAGGUGCCGACAAAUAUGGUAGAGCGCUACGAUACGCACAACAACAAAUGGACACAG